AUGAGAGGCAAACAACCUGGAGGUCACUAUAAUGAUCCACUACCACACUUCACACUCUGGGAUGCUGCCAAUGUAUUUGAGUUUGCGACAUCUAGAUUCAUGGCCAUCUGCCAUGCCGUUGGCAAGAGCUAUGUACAAUGCACACCCAACGUAAAUCAAUUGCUGGGAAAGUACAUUAUGUGGGAAGCACAAUUGGGGCUGUUUUGCUAUGAAGAACUCGCUCAUUCAUUCCUCGCUUGCCCCACAGAGAAGCAUCUCUGUUUGUGGGAAGGUCGUCGGCUUGUUGAAUAUCACCCUUAUUCCUGGUGGAAUGACCGCUGGGACAUGCGUUUCCAGACUGCAGAAGUGCAGUUAAACUUUACAGAAGUGAUAGACAUCAUGAGCGAACAUUUUCAGCAACGGCCAGAGGGUGCAUUACUGGCUGCUUUACCCACCACCAUGAAUCCUCAGGGAGGUCCGUUGAGUAGGCAACUUCUCACAGUCAGGGCAGCAGCAGCACGUGCUACUGAUGAAGUUCGCCAAAUGAUUGAAGAUAAACAGAUUGAGGCUGUCAUCGGUGCCGAGUCUCUCGGCCACCCGGAGGAGAUUAAUAUCAGCCAUGCUAUGGAAGCUUCUCGCCGUAUGGUACAUUGUGCAAGACAGAUGGUGACGACUCCGUGGUUAUAA